GAAGAAAUCAGAAAAGCCGCUGAGAAGAAAAGAUAAAAAUCCAAUCCAAUAAAUUAAAAAAAAAAAAAAAAAAAAGGCAGACUCCUCUUCUCCGUCCCCUGCUCUCCAUCGUCCGAUCUUCCCUUCAUCUCUCUCUCUCUGAACAUCAUCGAUUCCCCCCUCUGAAGAAAUUAAAAGAAAAAAUUAAAAAAUAAAAAUUCAUCAUCAACCAAUCCCCUCUCAAAGCCCGCCAAAUACGAACUCCCUCCAAAACAUCUCUUCUUUCUCUUCUUCCUUUUGCCAGGUUAGGGUUUUAGUUGGUGGUGAAGAUGGCUGAAGCUCCUCCACUGAGUCCUGGCGGAGGCGGAAGCGGCGCCGGCGGCGGGGGGUUGGAGAGCGGCGGCGAUCAGAGCCCUCAGUCGAAUGUCCGAGAGCAGGACCGUUUCCUCCCUAUUGCUAAUAUUGGGAGAAUUAUGAAGAAAGCCUUGCCUGCUAACGGAAAGAUCGCUAAGGAAGCUAAGGAUACUGUUCAGGAAUGCGUCUCUGAAUUCAUCAGCUUCAUCACCAGCGAAGCAAGUGACAAGUGUCAGAAAGAGAAGAGGAAGACAAUAAAUGGUGAUGAUUUACUAUGGGCUAUGGCAACUUUAGGUUUCGAAGAUUAUAUUGAUCCUCUCAAAACGUAUCUAGCACGUUACAGGGAGUUAGAGGGUGAUACCAGAGUUAGUGCUAGGGGUGGAGAUGGAACUGCUAAUACCACCAUUGGAACUCAGCUGGGACAGAAUAAUGAGUUUGUUCAUCAAGGUUCUUUUGCGCAUGGCUUAAACUAUGCAAAUUCUCAAGUUUAAAACUUGGUGAGUCUCCUAUUUUCUCUGUACUUUGUUUGUUCUGAGUUUGGCAGGAAGGAAUGGAAGUUAAAACACAUGUCACCAUCCUUGUUACCUUUUUGGUGUCAUCUAUUAGAAAAGUAUGCAUGACUACAAGCCUCUUUGAAAAUGGUUCAUUUUGGUUCAUUUUGUUGCCAGAAUCUAUGCGGUUUUAUUUCUCUGUAUGUGUGUGUUAGUAUUAGUUUGGUUGUAAUGUUGUAGGAGAGCAUAUAUUUUUUGCUGAUAUUGCUGGUAGAGCUUUCUCGAAGUUCUUUUGUUAUUGUAACUCAUUCAGAUGCUUAUGCAAUCUUGGAAUCUACUUGGAAUAAGAUUUAAAAUCCAGCCUCUGACAUAAUUGUUGAAAUAACUCUGCAUGGGGUUACUCUCUCUAACUGUGGUCGUUUUUAAGUUAGCCAGCUAAAUGAUGGUCUGUUGCCGUUUUCUUUUCUCUUACUUUCCAAAAUGUGAACUUUCUUAAAAAACGUUAAUGUUUUUCUCUUAACCUUGCCCUUAUUAAAACCGAUAUCUUCUGAACCUUUGCAUGCACUAAGAGCUAGUUAGACGUGGUUAUAGAUCGCUCAACUAACUUGUUUACAGUUUGUGUGUUAAUACAUAUUUCUUCUUCUGUUGGGGGCGCUUGAUUGUGUGUGAGUACAUAUUUCUUCUUCAGUACUUUUAAACCUGAUGCGGAUAUCAAUAGAUCUGAACUUUAUCAUUGUAACUUAUAUAGAUGUUCUGUCAGAAAUAAGUACAUUUAACCUUUAUAUAUCUGUACUUUAUCAUUGAUAUCAAGGAUACUUGCUUCUUAACUAGAAAAGGACUUACUCAAUAGGAAGGACUUAUUAAAGAUUUCAAUCAACAAUCCUUUUUGGUGGUUGCUCAUCUCUUCUGCUACUUAGCAGAUUUCAAUCUUAGGUCCCUCUUUUGUGGAUGACCUUUUAUCUUCACAAUUUCCACAUAACAAACAAAUAUUUUCUGCAUGUUUUGAUCUUCUGGUUGUGCUUUUAGUGGAAGCAUAUAUACACGUGAUGAUUGAGUUAUAUGUAAGCAUGAGUUGUAUUUAUAGAAGCUGUAAUCUCUCAUGUUGAUUCUGUUAGUUGUUCAAUACUGGAGAAGGCAUGACCGCUAUUGCAUGUAUUCUAAUUGUUCUAGGUGCAUCUUCUAGGGUUUUUUUGCGUCAUAUAUCCUAAUUUUCUUGGUGGAUUCUGUGAAACUUUCUUUUCUUUAUUACCCGCAUUUUAAAAAUCAUGUUUCAUCACGAACAGUUCAAGAAUUGACUCAGGUUUCUCUCCUGUAAUGUAAAUAUUUUGGUGUUUGAAAGAUGAAGAAUACUGAUGCAUGCAAUGUAGUUAAUUAUACAUGAAGACUUAAACCUUUAAUCUAUUUUUGGCCCAUCUUUGCCCCAACAGAUGUAUGAUACAUGAAUUUGUAGAAGCUGGUCUGGGUUGUUUCUUUUGCUUGACAAGCAGCUUCAGCUUUGCUUUCAAAAGAAAAAUAUUAAUAUAAGUGCUUCGUCUUCAGCAUGCCUUCUUGUAUAUUACCAUGCUAACAAAACAAGAUUUUAAGGGACACCUGCUUUUGUUUUCAGUUGGAUUUUCUGUUCUCAACAUUCCUUAUCUUCGCCCCAUCUUUCAUUUAACUUCCCCACCUAAUCCCUGCAUCUUCUUUUGAGGAUAUGUGGGAGUGCAUUUUGCUCUGUGUUAGAGAUUUUAUAUUGGCUGCUUUGGAUGUUUGUAGUGGUGGAAGCAAUUGUAACAACCUUCUGGGCAUGGUACGAUAAGCGAAUAUCCUGCUGCUUCUUCACCGCUUUCAGCAACAAAAAAAAAUCAUGGGAGCUCAUGUGGAUAAUGAAGUAGUAACUUCUCAAGCUUGUAUGGACAUUUUGUCUUUAAGAAAACUUUGAACUGUAGCUGCUUAAACUUAUUCACAUAAUAGUGGUAUCAUGGUUUGUACAUUUGCUCUUUGAGUUAUGUAUCAGAAUUUUUAGAAAGGAUUUGACUUGGGAUCAUGACGCAAACUCCAAAUUAUUUUUGGUUGAUAUUUCAACCAUUUCAGGGGCUUUUCCUUACAUUGGUAUGUAGGAUGGUGCUUCCAGUUUCUACAUCUGAAAUCUUUAGGUUCUUAUUCUUUGGUUUCGACUGCAUGUUCCGUGAAGCCAUUUCCCUGCAGGGUGGAUUUUGGAGUCAUCGCCUAAUAUAGCUGAAGCACUACCGAAUUUCUCACUACUUAAGCUUCUUCCCCUGGAAAGCGAGAAGUAGUAUGGGACAAAAAAGAGUUGUGUGGUUUUCUGCUUGGCAUAUAUGUUUUGGUGGUGCCAUGAUAGAGAUGUGGAAGGUGCCUCCAUGAUUGAUGGCGUUAAAUAGCAUUUAAUUGUGUGUUUUGUGCACAUGAUUUGGCCGCAGUUAUACGAGGUUGGAUGUUGAUUGAUGUACUCACUGUACAUGGAUUUCAAUCAAGGAAAUCAAGCAGCAUUUAAUGGUGGUGUGCUUGAUUCAUCAUCCCCCACUAGGAUGAGAUCUGCGCCUAUUCCUCCCUGGUGGUGUUUGGGGAGAAUUGAACCCUAUUUAGUCAACAAAUUGACACUGAAUAUGGGUUUAACCAGUUAGCUUCAUCAAAAUGAAGACAACCGGUACUAGGUAUGGAAAAAUGUAAAGGUAACAAUUUUACAGUCUGAUGCACAAAAUGAGGAAAAUAAAAAUGACCAUUGUAUACAAAAGUCUAAUGUCCCGGGUCCUUAAUGUAUAUAGAUUGACAACUGAUAAGGG